CCGACCGUGUCUCGGCCCGCCCCCAAUCUGCGCGCGCCCCCCGCGCGCCGGGUGUUGGGUAUUCUCUGGCUGCUCCCGGCCGCCCUCCGUAUGUCGCUCGCACGCAUGCCCCGGCGGGCCGGUACGCGUCGGGGUUGCCGGGCGCAUUGGGGCGCUUUUGUCAUUGGCUUUGCAGCCCUAGCCCUUGGACCUCGGUCUGACUGCAGGGCGGGCCUCGUUGGGUUGCGCCGUCUGCUUCCGCGCCCGGGCUAGAUAUUCUCUGUCUUGGCCUGGGCAGCCUCUUGUGCCUGUGCGACCGAGUGAGGGAGCCAGCGUCCCGUCCGGCCGUCGCGCGCCAAAGUUGUUAGUUUGUUUGGGGGGCCUGCCA